CUAUUUAAAUGCCAAUAAUUCAUUCACAACCCAAACUCCCAAUAUUCCCCAACAGCCAUGGCUAUCUUCAACUUCCAAAUCCUGCCAUAUUCUCUCUCCAUGUUCUUCUUCUGCAUUCUAUUUCCUCAAACAACUUCACUCAACUUCAGCCUGCCCGACUUAUCGCUUCAAGAUCAAAAUGUCAACCUAACACUAUCCCCAAGGGCCUAUAGGUCACCCCGAGGCCUAGAAGUCACCCCCAACACACUCGGCGCCAAUUUGCAUUCAGAAGCUGGUAAAGUAACUUACAAAGAAUCCCUUCACCUUUGGGAUAAAUCCACUCGAAAUUUAAUCGAUUUCUCCACCCAUUUCGUUUUUGUGAUUGAUUCGCAAGGGAAUCCCUACUUCGGCGAUGGUCUCGCCUUCUUUCUCACUCCGAAUGGGUCGAAUUUCACGUCUGGUGGUGCACUGGGCCUCCCAAUUGACCCAGCUACGAUGGUACACGACCCAGAUAAGUUAGUACACACUAGCCCUUUUGUUGCCGUGGAGUUUGAUACAUUCGACGAUGAUGGUUGGGACCCAGCCCUGGCUCAUGUAGGUAUCGAUGUCAAUACUCUUAAAUCAAAUGUUACUGCUGUUUGGUACUGUAAUAUAACUCAGGGGAUAGAGAACGAGGCUUGGAUUAGUUAUGAUUCAAGUUCACACAAUUUAAGUGUAAUUUUUACUGGUUCUACUAAUACUACAAGAGUGCAAGAUACCAUUCAUUUUAUUAUUGAUCUGAGGGAUUACUUACCCGAUUGGGUAACAAUUGGGUUCUCAGCUUCAACAGGUGAUAAUAUUGAGACACAUACUAUAAAAUCAUGGGCAUUUAGUUCAAGUUUGGAAAUUAAUGAGACCAAUAAAAGUGUUACAGAGACCAAUGAAACUGUUACAGGAAACAGGAAUGUUACACCAGGAUCGAAAAAAAUCUCCCUUGGUGCUGUGGUAGGAUUGGUUGUCGGUUCGGUUGUUUUAGUUGGUGGGUUUGUUUUGGUUGGAUUUGGCUUUUGGAGGAGAAGUACUAGAGCAAAAGAAGAGGAUGAGUUUGAAGUUGAGAUGUCCAUGGAAAAUGAAUUCGAGUCUGGUAGUGGGCCGAAGAAAUUUUCCUAUGGCCAAUUAUCUCAGGCAACAAAUAACUUUGAGGAGGGACAAAAGCUUGGAGAGGGAGGGUUCGGUGGAGUUUAUAGAGGUUUCUUGAGGGAAUCGAAUUCUUAUAUUGCUGUCAAGAGGAUAUCAAAAGGGUCAAAACAAGGAAUAAAGGAGUAUGCAACGGAAGUGAAGAUCAUUAGCCGGUUGAGGCAUAGGAAUUUGGUGCAACUCAUUGGUUGGUGCCACGAAAAGAAAGAACUACUCCUUGUUUAUGAGUUCAUGGAAAAUGGCAGCUUAGAUUUCCAUCUCUUCCAAGGGAAAAGCCUAUUGACAUGGGGAACAAGGUAUAAAAUUGCCCAAGGUUUGGCCUCAGCGUUGCUCUAUCUACAUGAAGAAUGGGAGCAAUGUGUAGUGCAUAGAGAUGUAAAAUCAAGCAAUGUGAUGUUAGACUCAAACUUCAACGCCAAAUUGGGAGAUUUCGGGUUAGCUAGAUUUGUCGAUCACGAGAAACAACCCGAAACAACUCUUUUGGCAGGGACCAUGGGGUACUUGGCACCGGAAUGUGUGAUAACAGGUAAAGCUAAUAAGAAAUCAGAUGUUUAUAGCUUUGGUAUCGUGUCGUUGGAAAUAGCUUGCGGGAGAAAACCCCAUGAUUUGAAGGUACCAGAGUCUCAAAUGAGACUGGUAGAAUGGGUUUGGGAUCUCUAUGGAAUGGGAAGGUUACUCGAAGCUAUGGAUGCGACACUAGGCUCGGAUUUUGAUGAGCAAGAAACAGAACGGUUGAUGAUUGUUGGUCUUUGGUGUGCUCACCCGGAUCACAAUUUCCGGCCAAAAAUCAGAGAUGCAAUUCAUGUGCUAAUUAAUUUUGAAGCCCCACUACCCAUUCUCCCACCAAAACUGCCCGUGCUAUCAUUUGCCUCUCUUCCAUUGAACACUACCAGGCCACCACCAGAUCUGACAACAACCAAAACCAAUUUUCAAGCAAUGUAGAUUCUUCUAAGUUCAUUUCAUCUUUCUACUGCUUCGUCUUCAUCAAUUAAUAGAAGUCUUCAAUAAAGAGUGAGGGGGUGUUUGGAGCCAAAUUUUUUUAGAUUCUGGAUUGUGGAUUGUAAAUUUUUGGAUUAUAAUGAGAGUCUGUAUGUUGGUCGAAAUAAUAUGAGUAGUCCAUUUUUCAUC